AAGCUAACUGCAGGAUAGAGAGAGAGAGGAUGAGUCAAGUACUGCACCAUAUCAUUAAAAGCCCAGCUGGAGCAAACGACAUACGGCAUAUAUAUCUUCACACAAACGGAGUAUUCUUGAAGAGAUAAUAAUGCUCUCCUCACAGCCCCUGUUCCUGGGGACAGUGACCUGCGUGGUCCUAACCUUUGUCCUCUCUGUGACCUCCCUCCCUGCCGAUGCUGAGAAGGGAAGGAGGAAAGUUGUUCAUGUACUGGAGGAUGACACUGGAGCAGUGAUCGUUCAGACCGCCCCUGGUAAAGUGAUCACCCACCGGGGAGGCUCCAUCACUCUGCCCUGCCGCUACCACCACGAACCCGAAAGCUCCGACCCCAACCGCAUCCGCAUCAAGUGGACCAAGGUGACGGAUGCACUGGUGUUUGAGGACGUGUUUGUGGCGUUGGGCCUUCAGCAGAGGGUGUUCAGAUCAUACCGGGGUCGUGUGUCCCUAGAACAGAAUGGACCGGGAGACGCAUCUGUCAUCAUCCACAACGUCACUUUGGAGGACUACGGACGCUACGAGUGCGAGGUCACCAACGACAUGGAGGACGACACGGGAUUUGUCAACCUGGAUCUUGAAGGCGUGGUGUUCCCAUACUACCCACGGGUAGGGCGCUACAAGCUCAAUUACCACCAGGCUGAGGACGUGUGUAAGGAGCAGGAUGCCAUCCUGGCCUCCCAUGCCCAGCUCCACAAGGCCUGGCUAGAGGGCCUGGACUGGUGCAACGCAGGCUGGCUGGAGGACGGCUCUGUCCAGUACCCCAUCUCCCACCCCCGGGACCAGUGUGGCCAGAAGGACACCCCUGCAGGGGUACGCAACUACGGCUAUAGACACAAAGAGGAUGAGCGCUACGAUGCCUUCUGUUUCACCUCCAACCUCAAUGGUGAGGUGUAUUUCCUGAAGCGUUUUAAGAAGGUUAACUAUGCCGAGGCAGUGAAGGCGUGCCUGCGUGACAGCUCGGUGGUGGCCAAGGUGGGUCAGCUCUAUGCUGCCUGGAAGAUCCAGCUACUGGAUCGCUGUGAGGCCGGCUGGCUGGAGGACGCAAGUAUCCGCUACCCCAUCGUCAACCCACGCACCCGCUGCGGAGGGCCCCAACCGGGGGUCCGCCACCUGGGCUUCCCCGACUUGAAGUUCCGCCUCUACGGAGUUUACUGCUUCCGCAAGAACCAAGAGAAUGUUAAUGUUGAUGUAGUUAAGAUGACACAGCGCCCAGGGAAGAGCAGCAAGGACAUCCCCAUGAACACCACUACCACCAGAAACAUCUAGAGAGACUGAGAUGAGGGUUUAUUAGGAUCACUGCUGCUACAACAUAGCUCCAUCCAUUGCUUUAAAAUAAACAAUGUUGCUGAACAUUACUGACAAGACAUGCUAAUUUGCAGCAGGAUUCACCAGAAAGAGCGUGGUUCAGUUAGGGGCGGGAAUCUUUAUCUCUGUGAUUUCUCUUGUCUUAAAUGAGGUGGCAGUCAUGUUGAGGUUGGUUUGUGCGCCCACCAUUGUCUCAGAAAGGCUUAGCUAGUAAAUGCAUCAGAUCAUUAUUUCCCAGGCACAAAAAUGAAUGCCAUUGUUUACUAUGCGUUUAUGAGAGACCACAGGCAUGAUGGGGGCUCAGACUUCACAGUGUGUUCUGCUCUCCAUGUGGCUUCAUUUCUGAAGGAAAAGCAGACUACUAUCAUGCCUAAUCUAUCUGCAAAUGUUGCCAGGUGCCAGCAUGAUGCCCAAGCUUUGCCUGGCAUGGCAGAGCACUGCUUAGAGGUGCCCUUUGAGUUCUACUGCGCCCCCAGUCGUCCGCCUCCAUCCGGUUGCCAUGUUUGGGUAGAGCCAUCUGAAACGUUUCUCCUCAGUAACUAACUAAGCACUGGCAACCGUACCAGAGCUCAAUAAACAUAGUGAAUGUUGCACUUUAAAUUAGAUAUAUUUUAUGAGGAAAUGGUUAGUCUAUAGCAAGCAUGUUUUACCUGGAGCUAAUUUUAGUAACUGAUGCUGAUCUAACUGAACUUGGUUAUAGCUGCUUUAAUAGCUGCUUGAUUACACCAUGUUUCUAUGCAGCCAUAGCCAUUGAUUGCACUAUUUGUUCAAUUGUGAAAACCACAAUUUAACUGUAUCAGUAAUUAUCUUGAUGUAUGAAUUGUAUCUAUAGCGAGGGCUAUAUGCUGAAGCUGUGAUUCAAAAGUAAUAAAUUAGAUAUUGACAAUGUUGUUCAUUAAAACUGAUUCUGUGAGAUGA